AUGCUUUCGCACCUUCGUUUCCACAGACGGGCUCCCUCGAACCCGACAUCCCCAAUUCCAGACCAAGGGAGCAGCCCCUGGGAAGCAAAUCAGACGCCCGAACUCCCUCAGCACACUCAUCAAGAUGCACCUCCACAGCAAGUCGCGCGCCCUCGCUCUUCCCAUGCGACCGGUGCACCGCCAACGCUCCCGCCAAUACCUCGAGUCACGUCUGAGAACGAUAUGCUUUUUGACAAGAGCGAGCAGCAGACCACAAGUCUAUCGCAAUCAAAAUCACCCCCGCAACCUCGCGCUUCCAAUGGCGGGGGUGGUGAGAGGGAAUCGGGUUUCAUGGGGGGUGUCGCCCUGCAGAACUAUCGUCUGAGCCUCCAGCAGGCCCAACAGCACGCUGCCACUGCACCCAGCACGACCGCGGCACCCAAUUUGCCGGAAAGCGCCCUUACGCGAUCGAAACCGCCACCUCCGCCAAUCAAUACUGGUCGCCCUUCGCAGCCCAAGGCAUCCUCUUUCGUCGCCCCGACUGAACUUUACGGGACGCAGUCGGCCAGUAGUAAGAGACCAGCCGGGACUAGGCUGGCAACCGAGCCGGCCACUCUGGCACACCUCAAUGGCGUAGGUUUAUCGCCGGUGGUUGAGCCACAAAAGCCAAAGAAGGGCUUGCCCUUUUUGAAGAAUCCAAUGUCGACGCUGCUGGCACGACGAAAGACGGCGCAAAACGCUGCUGAUAUGGCGCCGGUCCCAAAAGCUACCCGCACUUCGGAACCUGUAUAUGACCCGAGGAUAAGAGGCACCAGGGUACAUGAUUUCAGCGCGCCGCGCCCUCGUCGCAUCGUGUCGACCAUGCCAGACCAGAUGGGAGCACCCACUGCGCCGCCGCCGCCGCCGCCGCCGCCCCCUCCAGCACCGACCACGGAGCCUCCGGCGCCGCCCCAGAGAUCCCUGUCAGGUGCCGUCCCUGCCGCUCAAGACAUAGGUCAAGCUGUGACACAGUCUCCGGACGAGGACGUCCCACCCGAGGUUCCAGCACGUGCUUCCAGUAGACCCACUUCAAAACACCACUCCGAAGCUGCUUUGCAAGCCACGGCGUCAGAAGAAGCAAAUCGAGAAAAAAUGCGUGACGAUCCCGAGGUUCAGGAUCAGGUGAGGCGGUUUUCCUUGGAGGAGAGGACGGUGCCCGCCGGCUCAGUACCACCAGUCCCGCCAAAGUCCAAAUCAAGGGCCGCGUUGGAGACGAGCGCGAUUUCCCAACCAAAGCCCGGCCCUUCAAUCAGAACCAUGUCUCGCAAUGCAUCUGCUUCUGCGCGGUCAGUUCGGGACGGGACCUUGACCGCUCUUCCCAAGCACAUGAAGAGCACGUCGUCGCGUUUCAGUUUCGACAUGGUUGGUGCUGCAAAACAGGAGAAACUGCUCGAAGAGCGCCAUCGCCAGCGGGAGCUGGAGCGCCAGGAUGAUGAACCUGACGAGCCUGGGUGUCGCGACUCCAGGUUUGACGAUAUUGACGAUUUUGACUACGACGCCAUGAUGGACGACGGUGGCUUCGAAGAAAGGAUACCGGGCGUCAACACCGACGCCGAGGACUACGACUACAUGUACGGGGAAGAAGAGAUACCAAUGACGGGGGAGGAUGAUUAUCUCUCGGGGCCCGGCGAUAACGGGUUUGACUCUGAGGAGGCCAGGUUGGAUCCUGACAACGACCAGGAAAACUUUUCUGGUUUUGUCUUUCAAAGAUCAAAUCCCGUCUCGGCAAUGACUAGCCCGACUACACCUGGCAUGCUUGUUACACCACGAGACGACAGUGGCAAGGUCAUUGGGUUUGCUAUGACGAAAGACUCGGGCACGCCAGGUCUGCAUGGCCAGCAACUGCCAUCGCCUUCACUGCACGAUGCCCCGAUCGCUUCUCCCAGGAGCGAAACAGCAAUUUCUGGACUCGGAAUUGUCAACUUUCCGCCCGCGUCCGGGGGAGAGGAAGACGGUUUCCUCCGGAAUGAGGUCCACGAGCAGCCGCAGGCAUCAAACUCUGCCAUCCAAGCACCGAAAGCUAGAGGAGACGAGCUCUACUACGACGGAGGCUUUGUCGGAGACUUUGCUGAUGAGCUCGACUUUGAGCAUGACAAUCCUAGCGGUGAGCCUUUUGACGAGUCCAUCUUCGAUCUUGACGACACCGAUCGAUAUGGCCGUCCACUGCCGGGAGUGUUUGCACAGGUACAAGCCCAGCGCGCAGCGGAGAGGGAGGCUUCGGCAGCAAAGAGAGAAUCGGACCAGACCUCUCACUUGUCGGGGCAGUCCAUCUUGUCGCAGUCGCCGAGGGCUUCUUCUAACAGCACCAGCUUGGCGGCCGCUCCAGCACACGAAGAAGCCAGCGGCCCAUCGGCCAAGACCGAUGCCGAGUCGUCCGGAAACGUGGAGGCGCCUUCGGGGGACUCUGGGCCUAAACUAGUGUCCCCUAUUCCAUCCAGCCGGGACGCCCUCUAUCAGGCCGCACUUGCAGAGGCUGCUAACAAGGCUGCAGCUUCUGGAAAGUUUCGCCGCGACUCUUCACCGCCGCCUCUUCCAACAGACCUUCUGGUGACAUCGCCCACGACUGGGUCUGAGGCGCCACUCUCUGGGCGAUCCGGCAUUGAUGCUUUUGCUGAUGACGACACUUAUGAAGACGAUCCCUACUCCCAGCCCAUGGACGAUUACGACGACAUGGAUGGGUAUGACUUUGAUGACGACGACAUAGUUGCCGAGGCCAACGCCUCUGCACUUGCCAAUGACCAGGAUGGUUUCUAUGGGCAGGAAUUUGGGUUCUACUCGAACGCGCCAUCCCAGUACGGUCAGCAUGGGCACAACUACGCUAGCGGUUCCAACAGCCACGCCGCAUUGAGCAAAGAGAAUCUCUAUGAAUACGCAAACGGGGGCUUCUUUGGGCCGUCAGGUGGUCUCGAGAGGAGCAAAAGCGGACGCGUCGUCUGUCGGGAACCAAACCUCACCCCGAUUACAGAGCGGUCCGAAUACUCCAACCGGAAUUCCAUCAUGUCACUAGGAUUACCGUCGGCCAGCCUGAACAGCGCGCAUCCUGAUCGCAGCCUGCAAAGCCCAGGCCUUGCCCAGCUUGCCAUGAUGGACGACGGCGAUAUGUCACUUUCGUCGCUACUGCGAUUGCGGUCACGUGCGUUUGGUGGCUCGCAAGCCAGUCUGGUGAGCAGUCGUGGAGACGGCGGCAGCCCCCGCUCAGAAAGGCCUGCAGAUGGGCUGAUGUCGCCCUGGUCGCCGCCUGGGCAGGGUCCUCCGCUUUCUGCCGGUCUGCCCUACCUUGGCGUCAACCACGGACGGAAGAGUUCUGUCCUAUCGGCUCACAGUAGAGACUCGGAUACGGGUAGUAUGGCGGGGAGCCCGACGAUGACUAUGAACAUGUCGUUCCCGGCCGCGCAGUCACCUUCCUCUCUGGCGCCACCCUCGAGAUCCCUGUCGUCGCCUGCGAGGUCGCCGGCUAGGCCCGUGUCGUUGUCGUUCUCGACUCCUUCAUCACAUAUUGCUCAGAUGUUGCACUCGCCAUCCACGCUCCCGGCGGGCCGUAUGUCCACGGGUGGUGCGGGGUCCGAGGAUCUCAGGCCUGCACUCCGCAUGAGGAGCCCAUCGCUGGACGACAAUCGAAUCUCGUCCCGGAGCAACAGUAACCUUGGCUUUGCUCACCCGGCCGCACCAUCUUCUUCGUCACCAUUAUCCUUGAGUUCGGUGUUUUCCACCAAUCACCACGACAAAGGAGUAGACGCGGCUGGGCAUGGACAGGUGGGCGCUGACGGCAACCAGGGCGAAUCGCAGCGGGAUCACGGCAUGGCUAAAGCGGAGAAACGAAACACAUUCGGCGAAGUAAUAAUGGACGAGGAGGCCUUUAAGCGCAUGAUGGCAUAA